GCUUUGAAUUGGAGAUGGAACAGCGGAUUCGAUGGAAGAUUCAAUGGCGGAUUCGAUGGAAGAUUUCAACGGCGGAUUCGAUGAAAGAUUUCAACAGUGUAUUCGAUGGAAGAUUUCAACGGCGGAUUCGAUGGAAGAUUCAACGGCGGAUUCGAUGGAAGAUUUCAACAGUGUAUUCGAUGGAAGAUUCAACGGCGGAUUCGAUGGAAGAUUUCAACAGUGUAUUCGAUGGAAGAUUCAACGGCGGAUUCGAUGGAAGAUUUCAACGGCGGAUUCGAUGGAAGAUUCAACGGUGGAUUCGAUGGAAGAUUCAACAGUGUAUUCGAUGGAAGAUUUCAACAGUGUAUUCGAUGGAAGAUUCAACGGUGGAUUCGAUGGAAGAUUUCAACAGUGUAUUCGAUGGAAGAUUCAACGGCGGAUUCGAUGGAAGAUUCAACGGUGGAUUCGAUGGAAGAUUCAACGGCGGAUUCGAUGGAAGAUUUCAACAGUGUAUUCGAUGGAAGAUUCAACGGCGGAUUCGAUGGAAGAUUCAACGGUGGAUUCGAUGGAAGAUUUCAAUGGCGGAUUCGAUGGAAGAUUCAACGGUGGAUUCGAUGGAAGAUUUCAACAGUGUAUUCGAUGGAAGAUUCAACGGUGGAUUCGAUGGAAGAUUCAACGGUGGAUUCGAUGGAAGAUUUCAACAGUGUAUUCGAUGGAAGAUUCAACGGUGGAUUCGAUGGAAGAUUUCAACAGUGUAUUCGAUGGAAGAUUCAACGGUGGAUUUGAUGGAAGAUUUCAACAGUAUAUUCGAUGGAAGAUUCAACGGCGGAUUCGACGGAAGAUUUCAAUGGCGGAUUCGAUGGAAGAUUUCAAUGGCGGAUUCGAUGGAAGAUUCAACGGUGGAUUCGAUGGAAGAUUUCAACAGUGUAUUCGAUGGAAGAUUCAACGGUGGAUUCGAUGGAAGAUUCAACGGUGGAUUCGAUGGAAGAUUUCAACAGUGUAUUCGAUGGAAGAUUCAACGGUGGAUUCGAUGGAAGAUUUCAACAGUGUAUUCGAUGGAAGAUUCAACGGUGGAUUUGAUGGAAGAUUGAACAGCAGAUCUGAAUGUGGAUGA